UAAAAUCAUGGAUUCCAUCGGGCUACUUGCUAUAAAAUUAGACGCUUGAGAAGGAAAGGCAAAGGAGGUCUACAGCCAUCGGUAGUUCUGCUUCGACGAGCGGUCUCAGUAAGUCAAAAGGCAACGUCUAAGCGUAUUCAAACCAAAGGACAAAGAUGCUGUACGUGCUGAUUCUAGCGAUUGCCCUCGCAUGCGUCUCUUGUGAUGCUUUUGGCUUCCGUGCAAGAACGAAAGAGGACAGUGGAGCACUAGAUCUCUCUCGCCGUCAGUGGGGGUAUUACGGUUACCCGUAUUCCGGUACCAUUGCGAUUAUCGUCGUUGGAAGAAGAAGGAGAAGCGUUGAGGGGGAGCGUUUCAAAGUGGAUAUUAAAGCAGAUCCGUGCGUUUUCGAGAUUUACGAUGCAAACAGAGAUGACGUGAUAACAAUGGAUGAGCUCGAAGCGAUUUUUGGAGAAGGAGAAAAAACAAAAGAAUUGGGAAAGGUGCUUGACGAUUCCGGUGACGGUCAGGUGGACAAAGACGAAUUCAAGGAGGACAUGCAUAAAUAUGUUGAAGGAUGUUAAACUGGCGAUGAACUAUGCGUCAAUGAUUGUGUGAAAGUUGCUUUUAUACGAUUAACUCAUACAGAAUGUUUAACCCUUUGCAUGCUGGGAAAUUUGUCGUCUGCAAAAAUGUCGUCUGAAGAAUUUCAAAAAUUAGCAUUUUCUUCGAUUUUUGUUCAAAGAAUACUAUAAGAAUAGCAAACAGUUUGAAUUCUGAUGAGACGCCACGUUCUGUGGCGUCUCAUCUGGAUCCAAACUGUUUGCAAAGGCCUUCAAAAUUCGGUUCCAGCACUAAAAGAGUUAAUUAUAACCAAAUGUCUGCUUAUUUCGAAACAAAAAUAUAAAUGUUGGUAAAAACAAGCCAAACUGCCGGGGUUACGUAAGAGAUGCACAUUUUGGACAUAUAACGAGAUUUAUAUAUAUAUGUAUUCUGAUUUUCCUGCUUUCACUAUCAAUGUACACGUUUCUAUAUAUAUUUAAUCAGAAAUAUAAACAACGUUUUACUAUUUUCAUGAGACAUUUUGACAGUUGUUGCUAGCAGUAGGCUAUUGUGUAAGCAUACAUCCGUAAUUCAAUUCAAAGUCUACGUUGUAUAUACUCUUAAAUGCGUUUCAAAUGAAUAAUGUUUAGUCUCACAUAAGUCACUUAAUCAUUUGUGUUUUUUUUUAAAGAUGAACACGCUUUCGUUAUUUGCAAAGACACAUUAUCACGUUAAUUUUGCAGUCGUAUAUAUCAAUCCUCAUGCACAUAAAUUAAUUUUAAGAUUCCCUGGAUUUGACAAAAAACGGGUAAAUUUAUACUUUCAUGUAUUAUACCAUCUUAACAAUUUAUGAUUGUCGAGACCAUAUUGCGUUAUUUAAACUGAUUAAUAAUUAAUUGAUAAAUGAACUUGCAAGUGUGUUACUUUGUAUGUCUAUCUUUGCUGUGAUUAAAUAAAUCUUUAGCUAAACAA